AUGGUGGCGUUCGUAGCACACGACCAUCUCAACCAGCUUCAUAUCUACUUACGACAUUCCUAUGCACCGCCGCCCACCUCCGCCAAAAUGCCGAACCCGCCACAACUGUUUCACGGCCUACGCUCCAUCCCAUUGCCGGCCUUCCCUCCUCCAAUCCCAUCGCCGUCAUCCGCGACGCGUUCAAGUGUUCCGUCGCUCAAGCCGUCGAAUAGAUACCAGAAGCCCCUUCUACAGCUUCCAGGCCUUCCUUAGACUGCUCUUGCUAAUGACACCCUCGGAAUCUUCCUGAAAGAAGAUAGUGAAAGUCGUGAGAUUUUCCAUCAAUAUGCUACUGAACUGGUGAAGAGCAAUGAUCUUAAGGAUCUGUUGCCAUAUGGUAUUGCAAUUCAUAAUGAAGAAAUGGAUAGGGCUGAUCUUCAACUCGUUGAGAAACUAUUUGCUGAUGGACACAUUAAAGUACUGGUUUCCACAGCUACUCUUUCAUGGAGUGUGAACUUGCCUUAUUCCGACACUGUGAUUAUUAAAGGAACCCAUAUUUAUAACCCAGAAAAAGGAGCAUGCACAGAGCUUGGUUCUCUGGAUGUUAUGCAGAUGUUGAGACGUGCAGGGAGGCCACUGUUUGAUGCUUAUGGUGAAGGGAUCAUUAUAACCGGACAUAGUCAGCUGAAGUAUUAUUUUUCACUCAUGAAGCAACAACUUCCUAUUGAAAGUCAGUUUGUGUCCAAAUUGGCUCAUCAGUUGAACGCAGAAAUAGUUUUGGGAACUGUGAAGAAUGCAAUAGAAGCAAUCGAGUGGCUUGGUUACACUUAUUUAUACAUCCGUAUGGUGCGCAACCCUACACUGUAUGGUUUAUCAGCUGAUGCUCUCACAAGAGAUGUUCUACUCGUGGAUAGGAGAGCUGAUCUGGUUCAUUCUGCUGCCACGAUACUGGAUAAAAACAAUCUGGUGAAGUAUGAUAGGAAAAGUGGGGAUUUUCAGGUUACGGAUUUGGGUCGAACUGAGACCGUCAAGAAAAUCAAAAUCAUCACACAAGUGAAGAAAAUCACGUCGUCAACUCGCCGCUGUCCGUUGCCCCAAGUAGCCGUCGCUGCCUGCUGCCCUGAAUCCCUAAUCCGUCCAAGCUCAGGGCCUGUUGAACUAAAAGAGGAUGGCACAUGUACGUGGUGGUGCUAAGGCAGAUGCCCCAUUUAACAGACAGAACAAGAGGCAGAGGCGGCAUCUUUUAGAAGAGAGUAAAAGAGUUUAUCAGCCAAAGACAAAAGAAACUCCAGCUGCAUACGAGGCAAUGCUUAGUGUGAUACAGCAGCAAUUGGGUGGUCAGCCUUUGAAUAUUAUUAGUGGUGCUGCAGAUGAGAUCUUGGCUGUGCUCAAGAAUGAUACAUUGAACAAGAAGAAGGAUGUGGAGAAGUUUCUGAAUCCUAUACCGAAUGAGCUGUUUGAUCAGUUAGUCUCUAUUGAGAGCCUUAUAACAGAUUAUCAGGAUACAGCAAAUGCCCAAGAUGCUCUUGAUGAUGAUGUUGAAUUUGAAGAGGAUGAUGAAGAGACUGAUGAGGAGGAUAUGGAUGAUGACAAAUCACAUCAAAGGAAUGUUGCUGAGAAUGGUGAAUGAAAGUUGCUUGACCUUGAGAGCAUUGUGUUUGAAGAAGGUGGUCAUUUGAUAGCAAAUAAGAUGUGCAGGCUUCCUUUAGGCUCUUAUAGAAGCUUUGGCGAGGGAUACGAAGGAGUUCAUGUGCCACCAUUAAAGCCCAAACCUCUUGCACGAGAUGAGAAGCUUGUAAAGAUCUCAACCAUGCCAAGUUGGGCACAACCAGCUUUUGAAGGGAUGGAAGAGUUAAAUAGGGUACAAAGUAAAGUUUAUGAGAUAGCUCUAUUCAAAGCAGACAAUCUUUUAGUUUCUGCUCCCACUGGAUCAGGGAAGAGCAAUGUUGCUAUCCUCACAAUACUUCAACAGAUAGGUUUGCAUAUGAAUGAAGAUGGAACGUUUAACCACAGUGACUACAAGAUAGUCUAUGUGGCACCAAUGAAAUCCCUUGUUGCUCAAGUUGUUGGUAACCUUACUAAUCGUUUGAAGCACUAUGGUGUCAGAAACCUUAUCCUCGAACUUGGUCACCAUCCAAGAUACACGUCUCUGGUCUACUGUGACAACGUUAGUACCAUUUACAUGUCAGAAAACCCAAUUCAGCAUCAACGGACAAAACACCUUGAAAUCGACAUUCACUUUGUACGUGAAAAAGUUCAACGCGGCCAAAUCCAGAUCAUACAUGUUGCCUCACGUUACCAAAUCGCCGACAUCUUCACCAAAGGUCUUCUGCGAGCUC